AUGGCUUCCGAAACCCCAAAAGAGCUGCCGGUCCGGCCUGCUGAGCAGGCUGAGGGUAGCGUUCCUACCCCGCCAAAAAAUGCUAAAAAGCAAGCCCCCGCUCCCGAAGUCCUUCCAGACUGGCUUAUUGAACGCAACCGAUUCUUCGAAGAGCUUUGGCAGCAACACCUCGAGGAGACCAAGAACCGACCGCACCCUGAGAUCAAUGUGACCCUCGAUAUUGGCGACGGCAAGCCCACCCAGGUCCCUGCGAAGGCCUACGAAACCACCCCCGGAUCCUUCCUGCGCGAUGUACCCAAGGAAGUCAGCGCCGAUGUUGUUGUCGCGAAGGUCAAUGGAGAAUUGUGGGAUCUGAACCGGCCUCUGGAGGGCGAUUCCACCGUUUCGCUCGUUUCAUUCAAUAGUCAAGAGGGCCGGGACGUGUUCUGGCAUUCUAGUGCCCAUGCUCUCGGCGAGGCGUGCGAGUGCGAGUUUGGAUGCCUCUUGUCCCAUGGUCCCCCUACCCCUCAGGGUUUCUUCUACGAUAUGGCUAUUCCCGGAAAUCGUGUGGUGCUUCCGUCUGACUGGCCGGCGCUUGAUUCCAAGGCAUCGCGCAUCUUCAAGGAAAAGCAGAGCUUCGACAGACUGUGGGUCUCGAAGGAAAACCUUCAGAAGAUGUUCGCAUAUAGCAAGUACAAGAAUUACUACGUUGAUAAACUCACCGCCGGAGACGGUGCUUCGGUGUAUCGCUGCGGAACGCUUGUCGACCUUUGCCGUGGCCCUCACAUCCAGAACACCGGCAAAAUAAAGGCCUUCAAGAUUCUCCAGAACUCUUCCGCAUAUUUCCUCGGUGACCAGAGCAACGAUUCCCUCCAGCGCAUUCGUGGCGUUGCUUUCCCCGACAAGAAGUCCAUGGCCGAGCAUUUGAAGUUCUUGGAGGAGGCUGAGAAGCGAAACCAUCUGCGCAUUGGCAAGGAGCAGGAGCUAUUCUUCUUCGACGAUGUGUCACCUGGAAGUCCCUUCCUGCUCCCUCGAGGUACCAUCAUUUUCAACGCUUUACAAAAGCUUCUUCGAUCCGAAUACCGCAAGCGUGGCUAUCAGGAGAUUCAGUCGCCAAACAUGUACUCCACGGAGCUUUGGAAGACCUCCGGACACUGGCAACAUUACGCCGAUGACAUGUUCAAGUUGAACGUUGAAAAGGGCGAGUGGGCGUUGAAGCCGAUGAACUGUCCUGGACACUUUAUCCUCUUCGGGCACCGUGAUCGAAGUUACCGUGAGCUGCCCAUGCGUAUUGCUGACUUUGGUGUUUUGCACCGCAAUGAAGCUUCUGGCGCUCUCAGCGGUUUGACUCGUGUUCGCAAGUUCCAACAGGACGACACACACAUUUUCUGCGAACCACACCAAAUCAUGUCUGAAAUUGAGGGUCUCUUCGAUUUCCUGCAAACUAUCUACGGCCUGUUCGGCUUCACCUUCAAGCUGAAGCUUUCCACUCGCCCAGAAAAGUAUCUUGGCGACCUUGAGACGUGGAACUUCGCUGAAGACCAACUCAAGAAGGCCAUGACUAAGUUCAAGGGCAAUGAUUGGGUCAUUGACGAGGGUGAUGGAGCUUUCUAUGGACCUAAGAUCGAUAUUACUAUCGCGGACGCUCUCAAGCGAGAGUUCCAAUGUGCCACGAUUCAACUUGAUUACCAGGCGCCGAUCAACUUCAAGCUGGAGUACGUCAGCAAGGAAAAGGCCGGAGAGGAGACUGCCGAGCAGAAGGAAGGUGAUAAGAAGGAGGGCGAGAAGUCUAACCAGCCCGCCCCUGGUCGAUCCCGUCCCGUUGUCAUCCACCGUGCUAUCAUCGGCAGUUUCGAGCGUUUCCUGGGAAUUCUGAUCGAGCACUUCGCCGGCAAGUGGCCCUUCUGGAUCAGCCCUCGCCAAAUCAUGAUUGUGCCUGUCAUGCCUGCUUUGAACGAGUAUGCCCUUGAGGUGCAAGAGAUCUUGCGCAAGGACAAGCUCAACGUUGACGUCGAUGUCUCUGGUAACACACUAGCCAAGAAGAUUCGCUCCGCACAGGUCAGCCAGUACAACCUGAUCUUUGUGGUCGGACAGCAGGAGAUGGAGUCUCGGUCGGUCAACAUCCGCAACCGCGACGACCCUUCAACCCAGAAGCUGGGAGUGAUGGUGCCGCUCGACGAAGCUCGGGAAAAGAUUCGCGCUCUUCGGAAGGAGCGCCGGUUGGAGACGAAAUUGUAG